GGUAAUAUCAAGGACGAUGAUUUGUUCCUAUAUUUGAAAUGGUUCACACCUUGUUUACCUUAUAAUAUCACCAAAAAGCUGUCCUUUUACGCAUUUAACUCCGAGCUUUUCAACAAGAAUGGCUAUUUACUUGAAAAUUGUGCUCUGUAUCUGCUUUAUUAGUACUUCGAAAGCUUCCUUUUUCGAUAGAAAAGUAAGUUGUAUGGUAACAAACUGGAGUCCAUGGAGUAGCCCUGACGAAAAUGGUCAACGGAUUAGAACAUGCAGAAUUCUCCGCUUGCCGGCAAAUGGAGGAUUACCUUGUCCACAUACACGAGAAGUAAAAGAUGAAGGAUGCAACUGUACCAUUUGGUCUGGAUGGAGCGAAUCAUUUGGAUUUGGUCAAAAAAGCAGGACACGCAAUUGGAUGGGAAAUCUUAGACGAAGAUUCAAUGUGAUAGGUACAUAUGGAUGUAAAAAUGUCUUAGAGGAAGAUAUAAGAUACACAGGAUGGAAGCCAGAGUUUAGUGACAUUGUCAGAACAUUCGGAAAAAUAUUUGUAACGGCUUCAACACCCAGUUGGUAUGAACCAAUACCCAGUUCGUAUGAACCAAUACCUGACAAUCAACGAGGUAAAGUGAGAGACAUUUUGCUUAUCUUAGAUAGCUCAGGCAGUGUACAGAGGACAGACUUCACCAAAGCAAAAAAAGAUGCAAAAACUCUCUUCGGUCUUCUGUGUCCGAAAGGCAAAUCUUUCGAUGUAGUUAAUAAUGACCCCUAUCAGCAUCAUCAGCUAGCUAUGAUUACAUUUUCUACAACGGUUGUGGAAAACUUCUUCUUUAACUCUUACGAAAAAACUUACUAUGUGCUCAAUGCAAUCACAAAAGCUAAGUAUCUCGGACAUCGUACCAACACCGCGGGUGCAUUCAGGAAAGCUAAAGAGAUGUUUGAAAAAAAUCGAGGAGCUCGCAAAUCAAAGUCGAAAGUUAAACAGGAAGUUUUAAUACUAACUGACGGUUUGUCAAAUGAAGGUGGUGAUGCUGUGGCGGCCGCUAAGGACCUCUCAAAAGUAGCAGACGUGUAUGGUCUUAUGAUUGGGAAGUUCUCAGCUUCGGGUAUGGAAGAACUUACAGAAUACGUAUCGAAGCCGGCUUCGCAACACCUUUUCAGUUUAGAGAACUUCAAUACCUUUUCAGAGUUGGUAUAUAAUAUGACAAAAUUGUCGAAGACUGAAGGAUGGUGUACUGGUUAUGAUUAACACGAUUAACCGAUACAAUCAUUAUGGGCAAAUAAUACGGUUAUGUUAGUAUUUAAUUUUCUAUUUCUUGGAUUUGUUUGUGUAUCGAGUAACUUGCAUGAUUUUAAGAUGUUAAGUUAAAAAUCAUAAGUGAUACAUUGAAAAUCAUAAAUGAAUAACCUUUUAUAUUUCAGAGCAUAUAUACGGAAGCUUAUCAGGGCCUUCACUUAUCUAAAAGUUUCACGUCAUGUCAACUUGUUUCUUCUCGUUUUGACCAAAAACAUUCCAUGAAGACGUUAUGAUUAAUGCGUAAUACAUAAAAUAUUCCAUGAAGACGUUAUGAUUAAUACGUAAUACGUAGAAGUUUUUAAUCAUUGCAAAAAAACUUUUUUGAAUUACGUGAGCUAUUUGUCAAUGCGAGUAACGUCUUUGCGUCUUACUUAAUAUUUCAGCAAAGUCGUGAAAUCAAGAAUUUUCGACAGGAUUUUUGUCGAAGAGACAAAAGCUUGAAGCAUAUCGAGAAAAAUUCAGUUGCAAUGCCUAAAAGCUUCUCAUCUUUGUCAGUACACUUUAUUGAGAAAAGAAAAACAUCUUAUCAAUGCGAAUAAAAAUAAGUCGACAUAGCGCAAAACAUCUCACCAACUGUAGGCCCUAAUACGCUUCCGUACAUAUAUAAAAAUACUACGAAAUUAUAACAGCAUAAGAACGGAUUUGUCUAGUUAUCACUUCUAUCAUCUUAUAAUUAUAUUAAUUCAAAUUUAAUAAUGUUAUGUACUGUAUGUUAUGCUCUUUUGACAAUGAGAUUUGUUUUCAAAAAAUACUAGUAAUAUAAUUAUAAUAAUAUAUUUCUGUUUCAUAAGUUCUUGUAAAACGUUACUUGCUCAUUGUGGAUAUUAAAAUAUUUAUGACAGAGUUUUAAAAGACCAAAGUUUUAUGUAUUCAUUUUUUUGUAUUUAUUACGGAAGCUUAUCAGGGCCUCCACUUAUCUAAAAGUUUCACGUCAUGUCAACUUGUUUCUUCUCGUUUUGACCAAAAACAUUCCAUGAAGACGUUAUGAUUAAUACGUAAUACAUAAAACAUACCAUGAAGACGUUAUGAUUAAUACGUAAUACGUAGAAAGUUUUAAUCAUUGCAAAAAAAACUUUGUUGAAUUACGUGAGAUAUUUGUCAAUGCGAGUAACGUCUUUGCGUCUUACUAAAUAUUUCAGCAAAGUCGUAUAAUCAAGAAGUUUCGACAGGAUUUUUGUCGAAGAGACAAAAGUUUCAAGCAUAUCGAGAAAAAUUCAGUUGCUAUGCCUAAAAGCUUCUCAUCUUUGUCAGUAAAUUUUAUUGAGAAAUGCAAAAACAUCUUAUCAAUGCGAAUAAAAAUUAGUUGACUUAGCGCAAAACAUCUCACCAACUGUAGGCCCUGAUACGCUUCCGUAAUUUAUGUAAUGUGAUGAAAAGGACUUAAAUGAUGAUUUAGGGAUUUUUAUUUUGUACAUUUACAUGCCUUGUUUUAUAUAACUAUCCUUACAUCUUGAUUAACUAACAUUACUGCUAUUCGUACAUGUCAAGGGUAUAACAAGCAUACAUUAAAUAUGUAUUAAUUAUCUUUUUUUCUUAUCAACUGGUAAAGGUUAAUGAACGUUAAACUGAAGAUUCAACAAACACAAAUAUUACUAAUUUAUGAAUAACCUUACUUCAAGAAUAUAUGAAUGUAUAUAUAAUUCUGAAUAGAAUUCUAACUAUA